CAUAUUAAUCAAUAUUGACGAAGUCCGAAAACAGAAAUUUAAUUCGAGAAAUUUCCUUUUAUCGCUGUAAAUUUCUAUACAUUUCUCGUGAUUAGGGGCGUAAUUUCUCGUGAUUUGGUUGACGUCACGAUCGGGUUUUUUAUCGCUUUUCGUUUCAUUUAGGGCAAGAAGUCCUUUGGUACGCGAAGUGUCGAUGUUAAAAUAUUUGGCUCGACCCAGAAAUCUUAGUGUUGGUGUACUCAUUGGUGCUUCCGCCAUAGCUGCGUAUUUUGUGUCAUUCAAAUCUCAUAUCUGCUCAACAAGAAUGCAUACCAAAGCAAGGGGAAUGAUCUAUCCAAACACUGACAUCAAAAGAUUUCCUGUCCCAGAUGAAUUUGUCCCAUGGCAUGUGUGUUAUUCAGACUACAAACCUGUAGGAUACACCUCCAAGCACAUCUUAUCUGGUCCAGUAUAUGCCGACCCUGACAUAAGCAAAACAGUUGCCAACCCACCACUAAAAUUUAAUGAACUUGACAAAGCCUAUAACGUGGAUAGAAGAAGUUAUACUGGAGAAUAUGAAAUAAAUGAUGGGUUUCCAAGGAACCCUAGAGGAAGGACAGGUGUGGUAGGACGUGGAUUUCUAGGAAGAUGGGGACCAAAUCACGCAGCAGAUCCUGUUGUUACAAGAUGGAAGCACACAACUGAGGAGAAAAAAUUCUACAAAAAUGACAAGCCAGUUCUUGAAUUUGUAGCGAUCAAAAGAAAAGAUUGCGGACAAUGGGCCAUACCUGGGAUUUACAAAGACUACGUAGACGACCCCAGAAACACUGACAACGCCUGGAUGGAAACACUAGCCAUGAAUUUUCACGACGAAACUGGAAAAGCGUUCGACAAAUUUAAGCUCAAAGCAGGAGAUGACGCUGGGGCUGUGGCUUGGAUCGAAGUCUCUGGAAACGUAGACCUYUAUGCUAAUCACCAGGAUAUGAUUCGUAAGGUUGCCGAACUGCAUCAUGCCUACUUUUGAUGCCGUGAGACUUUCAACCGCUUGAGAUAAUGUUGGCGACUGAUUAAGACUGUUAAUCUUAAUGCUAAACUGACCGCCAUGAAUAACGGCACCAGAAAACAGCGACAAUGCUUGUUGGCCAUGUCUACUGUCAACAGAGCUUGUGGCAGAAUUAAACGUUGUCAAACUA